AUGAGAUCUCUGAGCAGUGUAGGACUUGCUCUAAGCAUAGUCUUUGGUUGUUUGCUACUAGCUCUUCUAGCUGAGCUCUAUUACUUGCUCUGGUGCAAGAAGAGGAGGUCAACAACAACUAGACUUGAUCUCCAAAAUGACUAUUCUACCCCUGCAACAAGAGAGCUUCUCUUCAUCCUCUGUUGCAGCACCAACGCUUCUUCUUCCUCUCCUCCCUCAUUCUCAAGCCCUAAACCCAUUGGAACUCAACAACAGCAAUGUCUUCUUCCUUCUGAUGAAGGUGGGUUUGGGAACGUGGUGGGUCCAGGGCUUGUGCCGAGGUUUCUCUUCACUAUCGUGGAAGAAACAGUGGAGGAAAUGGAAUCUGAAGAUGGUGUUUCCACAAAAGGAAAGAGUUUGAAUGAUUUGUUUCUAAAUAUGGAAAGUGGUUCAACUCCUCCGUUUCUCACUCCUCGUGCUUCUCCUUCGUUGUUCACGCCUCCUUUCACUCCGUUAACGGAGUCUUGUAACGGCAGAAGAG